AUGUUGUUCAAGAGCAUCGUCCAGGCCGCUAUCGUCGCCUCCGCUAUCGCCCAACCCCUCCACCAGCACCACCAGCACGAGAAAAAGGCGGUUGUCACCAACUGGAACACCGUCUUCGUGACUCAGACCGCUGGUGCUCCACAGGCCACCGAGGCCGCUGAUGAGGAGCCUCAGACCACCGCCGAGGCCCAGGCCGCCGGUAUCAUCGGCGACAUCAUUGGCGGCGGUAAGUCUUCUGCUUCCGCUUCUUCCUCGAGCGCCUCCGCUCCUUCGAAGCCUUCCGCUUCCUCCUCCGACUCCGUGUCCUUGCCAUCUUCCUCCGGCUCUUUCAGCGGCCCAGCCAAGGGUAUCACCUACUCGCCAUACUCUGACGACGGUGGCUGUAAGUCUUCUUCUCAGAUCAAGUCUGAUAUCCAGAAGUUGUCCGAUUACGAGACCAUCAGACUCUACGGUGUCGACUGUAACCAGGUCGAGGCUACCCUUUCCGGUCUCUCCAAGGGCCAGAAGAUUUUCGCCGGUAUUUUCGAAGUUGACAACAUCAAGUCCGACGUUGAGACCCUUGCCAAGGCUGUCAAGAACCACGGCGGCUGGGACGUUGUGCACACCGUCUCCAUCGGUAACGAGUUGGUCAACGCCGGCUCCGCCACCCCUGCCCAGGUCGGCAAGUACGUUUCUGAGGGCAAAUCUGCUUUGAAGGCCCAGGGCUACACCGGCCCAGUCGUUAACGUCGACACCUUCAUUGCUGUUAUUAACAACCCUGACUUGUGUGAGCACUCUGACUACAUGGCUGUGAACGCCCACGCUUUCUUUGACGGUCACGUUUCCGCCAAGGAGGCCGGUGACUGGGUCUUGUUGCAGCUCCAGAGAGUCUCUAACGCUUGCAAGGACAAGAAGAAGGUGUUCAUCACCGAGACCGGCUGGCCAACCAAGGGUGACUCUAACAAGGUCGCCGUGCCAUCUUCUGACAACCAGAAGGCUGCCCUCCAGUCCAUCUCUGACAAGUGCGGUAACGACGUUACCUUUUUCAACGCCUACAACGACAUGUGGAAGAAGCCCGGUUCUUACAAUGCCGAGCAGUACUGGGGUGUCUACUCCUCCUAA